AUGACAUCCUACCUCCAAAACGCCGCCCUCCGAACCAACCCCCUCCGCGCCAGACUCUUCCGCUCCAAGUACCAACGCGCCAAGCUCCUCCACGGCAAACGCCUCCACGACAAGCUCCGCCGCUCCAACCUCCUCCGCCCCCGCCCCAUCCCCCCCGCCGCGCCCGAUCUGUACCCUCCCCCCCGCGCCAACCCCUACGCCAUCGGCACCACCUUCCCCACCAUGCAAGAAGCGCGCGAAGCCAUCCUGCACCACACCAUCUCCCAGAACCUCUCCUACUCCGUCUCCCGCGCCGACGCGACGCGCUACAUCAUCAAAUGCCGCUGCAGCACGUGUCCGUUCCGCCUGCGCGUCACGCUGCGCAAGGGGGACGGGCAGGCGGUGGUGACGGUGUCGCGGCCGCAUAAUUGCUCGCCGGAGGUGCACAAGGGGUGGAGGUGGGCGUCGUCGGUGAAGUAUUUGGUGGCGAAGCACAAGGAGGCGUUUAAGGAUAAGGGCGGGAGGAUGUUGGUGUCGGAAUUGAGGGAGUUGGAGUUGAAGGCGGGGAAUGAUGUUAGUGAGAAGCAGGCGUGGAGGGCGCGGAAGGCGAUUGCGAAUGAGGUGGAAUCGUGA